UAACUUCUCUUCUGUUUUUGUGUUUUCCCUCCAGCUGUGCUUCAGUUCACCAAUCCCUGGUGCUGGACACCACAUUGGAAGAGGUGCCUUAGGAGUGGUCAGCAGCUGAGGGGGUGGAGGAUAUGCCUGGGAGGGAAUGGUCUCCACCCCCUCCAUGCCGUGAGUAAGCUGGUGUGUGUGCCUCCAUCAGUUAGGAAAUAUAUAGUACCGAGAGUACUGCUAUUUUCUAAAGACAUCCAACUAGUCUGAUGUUCCUAGAGGUGCUUCUUUGCUCACCCAACUGGAGCUCUUAAUUUCUGCCUCCUUCCCUUUCUGCGUGUGCCAAAUGCAUCUUGGUGAAACAAGAAGCCCUGUGCCAACUCUCUACGGAUGGCCCUGCCUUUAAAAUGGGACCUGAGUUUCUGUGAAAAGGCCAGCCUGCCCAGACAGGAAGACCAGAGGCUGCAGAGGAACAGCAGAGGCCUGACAUGGAAGGCUCUAGCCAGCGUUUGGUGCUGGGCAUGAACAUGGGAGAUGGGCGGCAGACGCCUCCCGGGGAAUUACGGACACCCACAGAAGAGGGGGAAGAGCAGAGGACCCCUGUGCCUGAAGCCAUCUGUGAUGGUGGUGGGGAUGCCAAGAGCCCCCAAAGGAAAGAGGAGGAAGAACUUGACCCCCGCAUCCAGGAGGAGUUGGAGCAUCUCAAUCAGGCCAACGAGGAGAUAAAUCGUGUGGAGCUACAGCUGGAUGAAGCCCGUACCACCUAUCGGAGGAUCUUGUCAGAAUCUGCCAGGAAGCUUAAUGCUCAGGGCUCCCAGCUGGGGAACUGCAUUGAGAAAGCCCGGCCUUAUUAUGAGGCCAGGCGCUUGGCCAAGGAGGCCCAGCAGGAGACACAAAAAGCUGCACUUCGGUACGAACGGGCAGUUAGCAUGCACAACGCAGCACGUGAGAUGGUUUUUGUGGCUGAGCAGGGAGUCAUGGCAGACAAGAACCGGCUGGAUCCCACAUGGCAGGAGAUGCUCAACCAUGCAACAUGCAAGGUGAAUGAAGCUGAGGAGGAGCGUUUGCGCAGCGAACGGGAACAUCAGCGCGUCACCCAGCUCUGCCAACAAGCUGAGGCCAAGGUGCAGUCACUGCAGAAGUCCCUGAAGCGUGUAAUUGUGAAGAGCAAGCCUUACUUUGAGCUGAAAGCUCAGUUCAACCAAAUCCUUGAGGAGCACAAGGCCCGGGUGACAUCCCUGGAGCAGCAGGUUGCUCAGGCCAAGAUGCGCUACUCUGUGGCUUUGAGGAACCUGGAGCAGAUCAGUGAGCAGAUCCAUGCCCGGCGGCUCCAGCGCCUCGUUGGCCGGCGGGCUUCCCCAGUGGGUGCAGAGGCCAGCCCGGCCCUGCUGUAUGGCAGCAUGGCACUCCCUCCCGAGCCAGCCGCCUCUUCUGACACCCUCUCAGUGCUCAGCUUCCAGACCAUUGCCUCUGACCUGCAGAAAUUCGAUUCAGUUGAGCACCUGCUGGGGCUGUCAGAUGCUGCCAGCCUCAACAGUGACGAGCUGGAGGAGAGGGAGCAGCGUCGCAGUGCCCAGCCACACCCCUUCAAACACCACCGCAGCAUCAGCCUCUGACAUCCAUCUCCCCCUGCCUACUCCCACAUUCUCUUUAACUCCUGUCCUUCUGGAGGAGGGUUAGGUUAUUGGGAUUAGAGGCCCAAGUAGUAGUUACAAGGGGGAGGCAGUUUGUGGAGUGCAUGGGUUAUGUAGCAACAUUGGGCCUUGCCCGUCUGAAAUGUAGCCUGCAAAUGGAUGGGUUUCCUCUGUGUGUAGCCCCUGACUUCCUGCCCUACAAGCACAGUGGGGCUCACCCGAUUCCCCCAUUGCUUGAAGACUUUGGCAAUUUUUGUUCUGUUGUUCUUGGUCUGUCAGGUGACCAUUCCCUCCUUUCCCCCCAGCAUGCACCUGUUUCCUGGGAACGUUACAUGCUGGAAGCCAUUCUGCAGCCCUGCCCAUUUCUUUAAGCCUGUUGGAUUAUCAUCUUCAGAUCUUGCAAAGCUGUAGAGGGCCAAAGAAAGGUGAAGGGCUGAUUUUACAUGAUUGUUUUAUAGUGGUGGGCUUCAGUGGCGAGAAAAAAGAGAUUGGGUGCAGAGGAGCUAACAUACAGACUUUCCUCUGCUCCUGUUACUGCAUUCAAGAGACCCUUCCUACUCCGCUUUCAUUGAAUUGCUAAUCCAGGCUAUACAAUAUAGUCUUUUUAAAUGGAACUCUGACGCCCCUACCGGGCUAUUUUGACACACUACUACCGUAUUCUGAGAGGCAUGUCCUUUGUCCCUCCCUAGCAACAGAUUCUCUAUACAGUAUAUGAUGGCAGCUGCCUGUUUCUUUAUAGCUUCUUCAGGCUGAAGACAUGGUCUCUUGUCUCAGUGCAAAAAGCUGUGAAGAGUCUGGCAUCUUGGAGGUGCCUUUAUAACACUACCAGAAGAGAAAGAUGCACAGCAAGAAGCUUGUUUUGUUGGGAUGACUACUCCACCCACCAUGGGUUAACCUCUCAGCCCAUCCCAGGUUUACACCUGUGCUUCUUGGGAUAUUUGCACUAAGAGGUGGCAAAUGGAGCUGGGAAGUCUUUCUUCCUCUCUCUCUGCUCCCAGCAAUCUCCACAGCCCUUGUCUCUCCUAGCCUUUUGAAUGGGGUGGCAAUCUAAACAGGUUUGCUGGAUACUGGCUGUGAUGAGAACCGGUUACCGGUUUGAGGCAGCUUGAUAGCAAGUGUGUGUGUGUGUGUGUGUGUGUUUGUAUGACUGGCUUCUGCUGUGUAUUUUAUUUAAAGUAAAAUUUACGCCCUAUUGAAUCUUGCUUGUCAAGUCUGUGCUUUUCUCUCAAGUAUCUGCUUCUCUCUCUCUUUCCCCUCUCUCAAGUUGUGGUUCAGAAGAGUUUCUUUGGGCAGACAUGACCAGUUUGGAUGAGGAAGUAUGGCUAAUGUUUAGCGCAUAGAUCACAAGCUGGAGAGUUGGGCCAGCUCUCUCUUCUUUGGCAGAAUGCCAAUGGGAUUGAGUGCUACCCUCAAUAAAAUGGACCUGAUUGUAUGACUAGAAAAUGCAGUUUGUUUCAGCCAGAGUCUUCUAUUCCCCUCAUUUGAUAUUUUUCUGGAUGACUUAUAUUACUCUGUGGAGCUUUCUAGUUCAUCACCUUGACAUCUAUAUAUGAAGGAGUGUUUGUGUUAGAAGCGUAAGAAUUCUGCUGAUCAGCUCAAGGGGCUAUUAAGGCUAACAUUUGUUUCUCAUAGUGCACAAUCAAAUGCCCCAGUGGGGAGCCCAACAGUAGUACUUUUCUCCGUUUGCUUCCCAAUAGCUUGCAUGUAUGCAUGCUAAUAAAUAUCCAUAAAUGACUAUAGGUUGGGUUUCCCUUAUCUGGAAUUCCAAAAUCCAAUAUAUUCCAACAUUGGUCAAAUGGGUGGCUGAAACAGCGACACCUUUCCUUUCUGAUGUUUCAGUGUACACAAACUUUGGUUCAUGCACAAAACUAUUAAAAAUAUUAUGUGUAGAA